UUAAACAGAUUUUAGUUUUACUCAACAAAUCCAUUCAUCUACUCAAAAGGGUCCUCAUUCCAAUUAUGUUUUUAAAAUAACUGUAAUACUACCAUGACACCAAUAAACAGCUGUCUCAAAAUGAAGGAACUGCGUGUUUGCUGGUAUUCAUGUGUCUGAAAGCAAACCCACAUCAAAGGUGACAUCAUUUCAUGAGCUCACGAAGGAAGCUACUUGCAGCAGCGACUGACGAGACGACUUCAUUCUCUCUUCCGUUCUGAGUGGAAACUUUAUCUUUGCCAAUGCAGUCAUCCCUCUCUGCCUUUAACUUGUGUUAUAAAAUAUUACUUUAGCUUGCGUUACAAAGAUGGAACAAAAUUUUGCUGAUUUAUUUAGUGGUGCUUUUUCAGAAGAUUCUCUGCCAGCUUUUCCUGAGAGUGAUUUCAACUUUGAGAGCUUGAAUUUUGAGGAAACCUUCAAGGAAGACAUGAAAGAAAGCUUGCAUAUGCCAUCAAAAGAUGAUGAGGUAUUGCACUCACAACCAGCUGCUCAAAUGCCAGGUUUGUCAAGUCUGGAAUCUAAUGAUAAAGACAUGGCUGGAAGUGAUGAUGAACAGCCUUCUGACACCAACAACAGUGAGGAACAACAAGGCAAAAGUCCAGAAGUGCAUUGCACAAGCUCAAGUGAAGAUUCUGAACUUGAAGAUUGUGUUGCUGGAGAAGAAGCCGACACCGGACAACAGAGUCUAUUGAUGUCUGUUCACAGUAGUGAGGAGUUCUGGCGGUUUAAUACAGAGGUCGAGAUUUUUGCUGAAGGACAACUUCCAGCCACCGAGGGUACUGAUAAACCUCAAAAAAGAAAUGAGGAGAGUGAGAGUGAUAAGGAGGCCUUGUAUUGUGGGGAAGUCUCUAAAGGUGAUGUCAAGGUGAUUACCAAAGAUGAUGGGAUUGAAGAGGAAGUUGAGAUACAAAAGAACUCUGUGUAUGAAGGUGUGAAAAUGGAAAAAGAUGAAGGUAAAGAAGAUAAAGCACUCCCUCAGGACUUUGGCCAACAGGAUGGAAACAUCGACACAGGUAGGUUGGUUAGAGACCUCUGUGAUUCUCCUGAAAUAUCCAUGCAAAGUCUGGAGGAGCUAGAUGCUGAUACUGAAGACCACGUAGACAACAUUCAGGAUUUCUCCAAGGAUGAAUACCAGGAGGCAGGCGAGAGCUUUGCAGAUUAUCCGUCAGACUUUUCGUCAUGCGAGUAUGUUGAAGAAAGAAGCACAAAGGUGGAAAAAAGUCCUCACCAGGUGGACACUUUGCCUUGUGAACCAAAUAGCUGCUCGGAACAAAUUGUAACAGAUGUUACAUGGCUAGGAUGUUCUGGAGACACGGGCAGAGAUACAGAUAAGCAUCUGCACUGCAAAGAAGUGGACACUGAUGAAGUUGUGGAUCUGGAUCAAGACAGAGGACAAAGACAGAUUGUUGAACACAUUUGGGGUGAUCCAUCUGUAGGAGUGAUUGAUCAUGAGGUAGGCGAGUGUGAUGAAAGCAGCUCCAGUGAGGAUGAUGCCCAAGGGAGGAAGAGUGAUGAAGUCUUCUCAGGUAUUUUUGAUCUAAAGGAUCAAUUCAAGCCAUUGGAGGACACCGAGUCUCAAAGAGACAAAGUCGAGUUUGCCAAUUGGAGCAUCUGUGAAGACCUAGGCAUCACAAGAGGGGAUCAGACAGUUUUCCAAAUGUGCUGGAACACCGAUGUAUCAACAAAUAAGGCUCCUCUCUAUGGUCAGCUGUUUGUGGAUGAGGAAAACCAUGAAACGUUGUCUCCAGAUGUCAAUCAGCAUCCUAAAGAAAACAUCUGCGCAAACAGCUACUCAAUAACUACCAAAACCUUGUGCCCUUCGAACCAGGGAUCUGUGGACGACAGCUUCUUCUUCAACACUGAUCCCGUGUCCUCUGGGUUCACGGAGGUGGGACAACUGGGAGACGACGAGAGCGAAGAUGAGACAAACUGGGAGCAAGAACAGGAGAGAAUUGAGGCUUUCUAUAAGUUUUACAAUGACAGCGACGGGGAGAAUGAACGAAAAGGGAGGGAGGUAAAAGUUCAGUUUUCAACAGAUACAUCAUCUCGGGUUAUUCAAUAUGACACCGACAGCAGUGACAGAAACUCACUCAACAGCUCCACUGAUAGUGAGGACGACCCGAACUCCGUGGACACCUCCGAGUUUCACCUUUUCCAGGACAUGAGGGACUCAGACGACACUCUGAAUAAUAAACCUGCUUUUGGUCUACCAAAUACUCCAGUAGCAGAGAAGGAGCCGGAACUGAGCUGGACAGUGCACGGCACCAAAAAACACAAGCAUGCAAACACACUGAAGCUGAUACUGAGGAUGGGUCUGGUGAUCCUAUUCGGGCUGCUGAUGUUCUGGAUGGCCAAAGACCAAGUGGAUUGGCUCGGCCCAAUUUCCUUCUUUUAGGGCUAAAAAAAAAAAAGUAAAGUAAAAGUAUACUUGUGCAUUAGAAACUGGUAUAUAGAAACAGCAGCAAUUUGUGUAGAAUUGCUUAUUUUGUUGUAGUUUAUAAAGUGUAGUUUACUUGCAAAUGUGUUUUAAACAGUAUGACUGUAGUUUAUGGUGAACUGUUAAUUUGUGCUUAAAUGUUAUGUCUUUAUAACCCGGGGGGGGGGGGGGAAGCAAAUGCACUGUGUCAUUUUGUGAAAUGUCAAUUC